AUGGGAGUGCUAUUUACUGCCUCGCAUUGCCUCAAUUCUAACCAACAAAGUAGGAGAAGGUGCUGGUCAUCUGGUAACGGCAAAGCAGCUCAGUGGUGGGCGGAAGGUGAAAGAAUUGAUCGAGCAGCCAAUUGUUAUUCAGGUCGAUAUUGGUAUGUAUGCUCGAAUGGUGAGCUGAAACCUCGCGGAUGCUUCACUCUAGAUGAUAAGCGCAUCGGUGUUGGCGACACAUUUGUACACAAUGAAUACGAAAUGCAGUGUGUUCUUGGAGAGGACGGCUAUCUUAAAUUCAAAUUUACUGCUUGCAUAGCUGACAAAAGCAACAGACGUUAUGUGGUUGGCGAAUCUUGGGAGGAUGAUCAGCAUAUGUAUUGGUUCGUUUGUAAGCAAGAUGGUCCAUACUUGAGGGUGGAUAUUGGUGGAUGCAUUUCACACGACAAAAAAACACGCAUUCAUCUUGAUGAGAAUUACGACUUCGGUGAAUACACAUAUCAAUGUCAGAAGAAGUAUAAUGGCACCGUGCAAAUGUGUUCAGUUGGAUGUAUUCACGAUGGUGUGCAUUACAAAGUUGGACAGCAGUGGCCUGUAAGCAUUAUAACAUCGUUCACCGAUCUAGAUUUGAACUGGCCAUUCUUCUAUUUUAAGGAUGGUGAUUACGUUUAUUAUUGCAAACUCAAUGGAGGUCGGUGCCAAAAGAUAUGCGUCGGAUGUCAGUUCAAGGAUAAGCGGCUUUACGACGGAGAUCGCUACCGCAAAGACAACACAGUAUUUCAAUGUGAAGUGCGACCGGACAAGUUCGGCCACAAGCCAGUUGCAUGUGUUGUACAUGAUGAAAAUGGUGAUACCGUUGAAAGGAUCGUCGGAUGUCGAUGGUAUCAAACGACAAAACGGGCCAAAGUGGAACAAACGUGUGUUCUUGAGAACAACCGAGCCGUUGUGAAAACCGUCGGAUGCGUGUUCGUUUACAAGGGAUAUGAUACACUCUUUCUUUACCCAGGCACAUACACAAUAUGGAAUCAACAAGUGGACGGAACUGCAAUUGGAGUGGCAUGCAAGGACAAUGCGCACAACGGUGAAGCAAGCUUGGAGACAUUUAAAACCGAAGAACUCGCAUACAAAACUGCUGGGCUUCGAUAUGAUCAACCACGGGGCUAA